AUGGUCACCACUACAACAUGCCACUCUCACCUUACCCACGCCACCCCCUCCACUCCUCCUCUCUUCUCCCAACCCCACAGCUACCACCUUCCCCGCCCUUUCCUUCUUCUCAAAACACAUGAUCCUUUUCCUUUCGUUCCUUCCCCCAUCGCCCACACCCCUUACCCCUCCACCUCGCCUACACCCUCCUCAUCCCGCCUGCCCUGUUCGUACUACCAGGUGGCCCACAGUGCGUGGGAGGUCGUGACCGACUCACAUCUGGACCCCUCUGCACCGCUCUUCAACCUCUUCCACUCCCUGUUGUGCAUCCCGCCCCCUCCUGCUACCCACGCAUCACCCCACCAUGGCCCUGCCUCUCACGCUAAGCCCAAUACCCCUGCUUCUACCAACGCCACCACCACACCAUCUGCUGACGCCAGCAGACCAUCCCCUAACAAUCCACAGGCCAGCAGCAGGGGCGAGCAGGGAGCAGUGCGGCGCACCAAGAGCAAGAAGACGUAG